AACUCCAACACGCGCCCGGAGAACUGCAGCCGCAAUCGAAAGCCUUCUUCUAUUCUAGUUACGCUCUAUGGAGAGGUGAUACAUUCCCCCUCCUACGCUGUUGCUGCGUAUUCUCCAGCAGACAUUGGCAACUUCAAUACCAAGCACUACCCCUUCCAGCAGAUCCCCCAGACCAGGAUUAUCCAAGAUGAGUUCGGCAGUCGACAACUUCAUGUCCUACUUACGGCUCCCACUGCUUGCAUCCUCUGGUAUCGCGGCUGCUCUCAGUGGGCUCUUGUAUUUUAAACAAAACGAGAUCAUCUACCCCAGGGCCUUUCCGCCAGACGCUCGUACCAACGUCCCACGACCAUCGCAAUUUGGCCUCACCGAUUUUGAAGAGCUGUUCAUCCCUACACCAGAUGGAGAAUCCCUCAGCGCCUUCUACAUUCGAGCAAACAAGCAACGUGCGCGCAACGUGACGAUUCUCAUGUUUCAUGGGAAUGCUGGCAACAUCGGUUACCGACUACCUAUCGCAAAAAUACUCGUGAACGAGCUGGGGUGUAAUGUCCUGAUGCUGCAAUAUAGAGGCUAUGGCUUGUCGUCCGGCAAUCCGAACGAGAAGGGGCUCAUGAUUGAUGCACAGACUGGACUGGAGUACAUACGCCAGCGACACGAGAUUCGCGGCUCACGUAUAGUUCUAUACGGACAGAGCAUCGGAGGUGCUGUUGCGAUUGGCCUGGGUGCUCGGAAUCAGAAGCACGGCGACAUUGCUGCAAUCAUAUUGGAAAACACAUUCACAUCGCUGAGGAAAUUGAUUCCAACGGCUUUCCCUCCUGCUCGAUUCCUCGCUCCGCUCUGCCACCAGAUAUGGCCGAGCGAGGAGACCCUGCCUCAGAUUACCAAAGUGCCGAUUCUGUUCCUAAGUGGGUUGAAAGAUGAAAUUGUUCCGCCUUCCCAUAUGAGCCGGCUGUUCCAAGUGUGCAAGGCUACCAAAGUAUGGAAAGAGCUUCCCAAUGGCACACACAAUGAUACAGUUGCAGAGCCAGGUUAUUUUCAACACAUCGGCCAAUUUCUGAGCGAGUUUGUAACUCAAUGAGACUAGGUAUCUUGUGGAGCAGCCGUCGCCUAAACAGUUUCCACUGGUCCGGGCCCCCGUUACGAAGCACGUGUUAUAGAUAAUAUAUGAGGUUUCAAGGUUCACUGUGCGUAGUCGAAGAGAUGUUACCAAUCCAGCACGUUUGUACGUGGAUCGAGUCGUGGCUCUUACAGACACAGAGCGUGUGCAGUCCACGACCGGAGGGGUCAGCGCGUCUAGAUAGAUGACUGGGCGCCGCACUCCAAGUGGGGACAUCGAGACACUACGUAACUUCGCAUGCGUGACGAGUUCACAGCAUGUGAUUGUCUCGUUCAAACCAAAACUGUUCUCAAUCAGAUGAGAUAUGGGCCCGGUGCAAAUUUGAGUUCUUUGAAGCUCGGCAGUUCUGUCAAACAAUAAAUCAACUAUAUCGUAU